AGAGCCGGGGCCGGCGCACGAGGCGGCAGGGCGGCCAUGACUGCGGAGCAAGCGCUGCCCCUGGGCAACGGGAAAGCGGCCGAGGAGGCGCGGGGGUCCGAGACGCUGGGCGGCGGCGGCGGGGGCGCGGCGGGGACGCGCGAGGCGCGCGACAAGGCUGUCCACGAGCGCGGCCACUGGAACAACAAGGUGGAGUUCGUGUUGAGCGUAGCUGGAGAGAUCAUCGGACUGGGCAACGUGUGGCGCUUUCCCUACCUGUGCUACAAAAACGGCGGAGGGGCAUUCCUGAUUCCUUACGUGGUGUUUUUCAUCUGCUGCGGAAUCCCCGUCUUCUUCCUGGAAACGGCUCUGGGGCAGUUCACGAGCGAGGGUGGCAUCACGUGCUGGAGGAGGGUCUGCCCUUUAUUUGAAGGCAUUGGCUAUGCAACACAGGUGAUCGAGGCACACCUCAAUGUCUACUACAUCAUCAUCCUGGCGUGGGCCAUCUUCUACCUAAGCAAUUGCUUCACCACCGAGCUCCCCUGGGCCACCUGUGGGCACGAGUGGAACACAGAGAAAUGUGUGGAGUUCCAGAAGCUGAACUUCAGCAACUACAGUCAUGUGUCCCUGCAGAAUGCCACCUCCCCGGUCAUGGAGUUCUGGGAACGCCGGGUCUUGGCUAUAUCCGAUGGCAUUGAGCACAUUGGGAACCUCCGUUGGGAACUGGCAUUAUGUCUCCUGGCGGCCUGGACCAUCUGCUACUUCUGCAUAUGGAAGGGUACUAAGUCGACUGGAAAGGUCGUGUAUGUCACUGCAACCUUCCCCUACAUCAUGCUGCUGAUCCUCCUGAUCCGAGGGGUCACGUUGCCAGGCGCCUCUGAAGGCAUCAAGUUCUAUCUGUACCCUGACCUCUCCCGGCUCUCUGACCCACAGGUGUGGGUGGACGCUGGGACGCAGAUCUUUUUCUCCUAUGCCAUCUGCCUGGGCUGCCUAACCGCUCUGGGGAGUUACAACAACUAUAACAACAACUGCUACAGGGACUGCAUUAUGCUCUGCUGUCUAAACAGUGGCACCAGCUUCGUGGCUGGGUUUGCCAUCUUCUCAGUCCUGGGCUUCAUGGCAUACGAGCAGGGUGUGCCUAUUGCCGAGGUGGCAGAGUCAGGUCCUGGACUGGCUUUCAUCGCCUACCCCAAGGCUGUCACUAUGAUGCCCCUCUCUCCACUGUGGGCCACCUUGUUCUUCAUGAUGCUCAUCUUCCUGGGCCUGGACAGUCAGUUUGUGUGCGUGGAGAGUCUUGUGACAGCCGUGGUAGACAUGUACCCUAAGGUCUUCCGGCGGGGCUACCGGCGAGAACUGCUCAUCCUGGCCCUGUCCAUCAUCUCCUAUUUCCUAGGCCUGGUGAUGCUGACCGAGGGAGGCAUGUACAUCUUCCAGCUUUUUGACUCAUACGCCGCCAGUGGCAUGUGCUUGCUCUUUGUGGCCAUCUUUGAGUGUGUCUGCAUCGGCUGGGUAUAUGGAAGCAACCGGUUCUAUGACAAUAUUGAGGAUAUGAUUGGUUACCGGCCACUGUCACUCAUCAAGUGGUGCUGGAAAGUCGUGACCCCUGGGAUCUGUGCGGGCAUCUUCAUCUUCUUUCUGGUCAAGUACAAACCGCUCAAGUACAACAAUGUGUACACAUAUCCUGCUUGGGGCUACGGCAUCGGCUGGCUCAUGGCUCUGUCCUCCAUGCUGUGUAUCCCACUCUGGAUCUUCAUUAAGCUGUGGAAGACAGAGGGCACACUGCCCGAGAAAUUACAGAAGUUGACAGUCCCCAGCGCCGAUCUGAAAAUGCGGGGCAAGCUUGGGGCCAGCCCACGGACGGUGACCGUUAAUGACUGUGAGGCCAAGGUCAAGGGCGACGGCACCAUCUCUGCCAUCACAGAGAAGGAGACACACUUCUGAGUCCCCACCAGCCAUUUGGAUGCGGCUCCAACCUUCCUUCCCUGCGUGUAAAUGAAUCCUGAACCUCGUACUUCACCUAAUGUUAGGGGCUUGCUCGUCUGCACAGGACUUAUUAACAAGUUAACUCCCAGCCGGCCACUGUGUGCCCUGUACCCUUGCCUCUUCCCAGUGAUAGUGGGCAUAUCCACCUCACCAAGAUAAUUCUGUACAGUGACUAGCAGAUCCUGGCCUAGGGUGGCUCAGCCGGUGUUUUCUAGAGUCCUUGUAUUAUAUACUGUCAACUCGUAUGCUGGGGGCAGGUGGAGUGGGGGAGCGGUGCCCAUCUGCCUCUGAUGUUCAGUCAUUCCUGGUUUUAUCUCUGAACUUCCCUGGCCACCCUCCUCUGUGCCCUGGGACCAGUUUGUUUUAUUUUAUUUUUUUUUCUUUUGGUCUUCCCCUUUUCCUAGUGACACCUUCCACAUGUCAAUGUCGUAAGACAGAGAGCAAAGCCUCCCACCAUCGUUAGGACUCCUGAGUAACCAGGAGUUGCUGACUGUCCCUUCAAGUGACUGUGGCUCCUUUCUCUCCCUGGCCCCUAGUUUCUCCAUCUCCCAGACCAAGGGGGCGAGGGGGUUGAGUGGAGUCUUCCCUUCAAAGCAGGGAAGAAUACCUGACUCGUUGCUUCGCAGAGCUGCUUUGACCUGCAGAGACUUGUAGACCUCUUCUCUUCUCUGUCCCCUUGGUUACCACCUACCCACCUUGCCUAUUUUAAGUGAAACUUACCACCAAUGAUGUGGGGAAGUGUGUUUCCCUAACAACUGGAGUUUUAGCCUAACCCUGAUCCCUUAACUGGUGCACCCCAGCCCCCGUGUUCGGGGCUCCCACCAUCUGUCCAGCCUUCUUGGCCACCAGCUCUGUCCCUCCUUCCUAGAUAGGGAUGAUCAGAAGGUAGCCAUCUCUUCUUGCAGCUGCCUGGCCAGGAUCUAUGGCUUAGGAUCUAUGGCCACCCCUGCAGGGGAGCUACAGUGAGGCCUGGGGCUGGAUUCCACCCACAGUCCCUUCCCUGUGCACCCUGCUUUGUCCCCUGCCUUGUCCCCUGCUCUCUCUUCUACCUACCUGCCUACCCCUGCAGAUCCUGUGGGCAGACACCUUACUCUGGAGCCAUUCCACCUGCCUGUCACCUGGGUCUGAGAAGCCUUCACUUCCACUUGCCAGAGGGAAGAACUGGCCACCCAUCUGUCAGGCUCUUCCUUGGAAACGAAGAGCAGAGGUGGUCUCUAGGGGGAGGCUGGUGCCAUUCCCUCCUGCCUGGCUCAGACCUCUUAGACUGGUCUCUCUUCCUCAGCUGCUGGGUUCUUUGUCUGCCCAGCUAUUGGAGGAUGGGAAGUGGAGGGAGGGUCACUCUUUCCCUCUUACUGUAGUUUCCUAGAUUUAUCUGAGGAAAAGUGAGAUGUCUUCACGCUAAGGCUCCAGUGUUCUGUCAGAGACCUGAAUGCUCUAUUUGCCCAAUGCUUCCAGACUCUUAGCUGUUCUGCCCAGCCCCCGUCCCGCUCCCACCUAAAGCCUGAGUUGGCUGAGCCAAAUGCCCAGCACUGCCCCCACCUAACUGGGCACUUGUCUAGGGCACACCACCCCCAGCUGCUCACACACAGACCACAUAUUCCUUCUGGGAAGGCCAGCAUCAUCCUGAAGAUGACCUGUGGGGUUGGUCCUUGAUGGCUGUCCCCUCCACCCUACCCCUGAGAAGGGAAGCUGCCCGUUGCUGCUACUGCACCUCACCACCAACUCCCUCAUGGACAGACAGAUCCCUGAUGUCUGUCACUAUAGACACACGUGUUGUACAUGUGGCCCUUAACACUUGACACUCUUAACACUACUCAUGGGGCUGGGUAGAGGGAGGCUUGUGGUUUGGGGGGUUGUUAUUUUUUGCUUUCUUUUCUUCCUUUCUUUUUUCUUUUUGUCUUUUUUUGUAAUUUCAUACUAGUAUUUGGGUAACUGUAGGGAGGAGGGGAGGGUAAGUGGGGGCAAGUGGGGGCAAGGGGACAUAUCAUUGUGACAACUUUUUUGAUAUUUACUAGAAAUGAUGCAAUAUAUCCUUUCUGAGAUAUUUACAGUAUUAUUAAAGGGUUGGGCUGUUUUGCAUAACAAACUUUUUAUUGGCAUACCC